CGACGCGAGCGGCUGAUGCCGGUAGAGAGCGUAGGUCACCGCAGGGGAUCUAGACUCCGGUCAGUCAGUCAGUCAGUCAGUGAGCCCAGAUUCGCAGAGUCGUGUUUGGCGAAGUUUGGGCCCGGAAUCGGUGCAUCAACGUUGAGAAAACUGUCGAUAUAUGACAAUUAUUCCCAUACCAUGUGCUGUGGCAGUGAAUUAUAUUUAAUGUCUAAAAAAUCCUCGAGCAGCUCGUCGUCGUGCUGCAGGACUCCGAAUAAGCGCAUGUUACCGACGUCACGGGGGUCAACGGACCUCCGAUUGCGGGCAUCUAUGACAACGGGGGUUUCCCCCUCGGCUACUACAGCUACCACAAGUACUGCUACUGCUGGUGCUCCACGGAACGUCGAGACCCCCGAGACCCCGCCGAUUUUAUCUAAGCAACAGGCGAGGGAUCUCGCUGUACGCCUGACACCCGAGGAGAGGGACGUGCUCAUAUCGGCACUGCAGGAAACUCAGUCUCAAAAAGUAAAAGCAGAGUAUGAAGGUCAACUGGCGGCGUUUCGUUGGAGGAGCAAAUUUGGACGACCCAGCCGAGUACCCAGCCUGGGAGACGUCGAUCCCACAGGAACUUACUGCGCUGUGCCAGAGGAUUGGUUACUGCGAAAGUAUGCUGAAACAGUACCGCAACCGACCAGAAAGGACUUGAUUCGAGUGUCGAUAACGAACGCUAUUCCGUUCAUCGGAUUUGGUUUCCUCGACAACUUCUUCAUGAUCAUAGCUGGCGAUCAAAUUGAGACGAGUCUCGGAGCCUUUAUAUCACUUUCGACCAUGGCAGCGGCGGCAUUCGGAAACACAAUUUCCGAUAUCCUUGGAAUAGGUUCGGCAUUCUACGUCGAACGUCUCGUCCAGAAGAUCGGCUUCAAGGCGCCGAAAUUGACGCCAAUUCAAAUGGACAUGCCCAAGUCGAGGAGAGCCGCAAACUUGGGUCGUGUUCUCGGAGUGACGAUCGGUUGCCUGCUGGGGAUGUCGCCUUUGCUCAUACUUCACAAGGGAGGAAAAGAUAAGGAGGCCAAAACGUCGAUAGCCGGGAAAGAGCCGGUAGUGGCGGUAGCUUAGAAGAUUCACCCGAUUCUCGGGUUUUCGGUAUUUUUUUUUCUUCUCUUCUUUCAAAUUAGCGCAGCACUACUUUGUAAUAUGAUUAUUGUACAAAAAGAGAUCGCGUGACGAAAGAAAGCAACGAUUUUAGCGAUCAACUGGUGAUUCAAGUAUGUGUAGAUUAUUAUUUAUGAAGAAAUUACGAUAAUUCGAAAUAAUUGUAUUAUAUACAAUUUUGGUAUCGCUAUCAACCACUUAAAAACAGCACGGGUUUUCUUUUUAAAUUAUUACAACCUAUGCAUAUAUGUAUGUAUUUAAUGUAUGUAUGUAUAUAGAGAUGUGAAACGAUAUUAAACCGAAUUAGCGGAUCUUAAAGUA